UUAUCAAACAAAGCAACAUCAUUCGUUAAAAGAGAGAAUAUGGGUGAUUAAGAAGGCACGCCCCUUUUAGAAUCUCAUUGCUUAGGAAGCUUGAUGACGGAGCUAGAUGAGCAAGCUCAAUAAUGGAGCCUAGCAUAUCGGACUCAUUCGUAAAUGAUCUCUUCCGGUUUUAAGGGCCAUUUUUACAGCUACCUAGAAGAAAGAUAUUUCAAUCAAGAUUUUUCCUAAUUUGUCUCAACCAGUCCUAUUAGCUGUCAUGUCAUUAAGAAAUUAGUCGUUUUAUUUUACCCUCCUAAAUUCAGACGAGUUUAUCCAAAAUUAUGGCAAGUUAUUUACUAAGAAUAAUAUUCAGGGGUUAUAACAAAAACUCUGACGUCCCUGAGAAAAACAGCAAGGCAAUACCAGUCAACAUUAAAUCUACAGAUAGUGGAAGUGGUGAUUGCAUAAGUGAAACUGACAUUGAAACUGUAGAAAAAAGCCUUAUUAAACAAGAAAAAAGCACACAAAGAUUACUUACAUCGCUGGAUCACGAAAUUGCGCAAUCGAAAUUAGAUAUCGGCGAUCUCCGCGACCAACUCUGCAACGCAGAAGAAGAUUUUCCUAAACGUUCAGAGAUAUUGAAAUAUUUAGAAACUGAAUCUAAAAAACAAAUGGACCUUGUAGCGACGGAAAUGAUCAAACUAGAAGAACGAAGUGCCAAACACGACAUGAAGUUGAAGGAAAUUGAACAAAAACUUGAUUCUUGGCAGUGGGUUAUUAAUAGAGCCAAGGAGGCUCAUGUAAUAGAUUUGUGGGAUUCAGAUGUGGUCCAUUAGAACGGUUUUAGUAUUCUCAUUUUUUUUUUGUAUGAAAAUUGUAAUGCAUCAUCAUGAAAUAAACCAAAUUAACUCUCUUUCAGAGAAGAGUUUAAUUUGGAUAAGUGCCAAAUCUACCAUAAAAGGGAAGUCGUUGGGCCAUUGUAGACUCUUAUUUGCGACUUAAGAUGGCAGUGUCCUGUUAUUAGACAGCCAAUGGUGGAGCUGUU